AUGGGGUCAAAUAACAAACACGAAACUCAAAUCAAGUCCAGUCAAGUCCGCGGUGGUGAUGAGCCAUUGGUGGCCCAGGUGCUCAAGUUGCUGCUCGAAACUGAGGCUAACCUGACAAGACUAUCUGAGAUAUGUCGUUUCUUAGACAGCGAAUUGAAGUUUCCAAGUGUUAUAUCACUGACCAAAACAAGUCUGCUACCAAACUCAGAUUUGACAGAUCCUUUUCUUCGAUUGUUGGAGCAAAAAUAUGGCUAUCAAGAGGAAGUUACGGCAGAUCAGACUAUAUGGUCAAAAGUAGACGCAAACCCAGACACAGACUCAAAAACAAACGCAGAUCAAGAAAUUCCAGUUCACGACCGUCACAUUUACACUACAGAUGAUAUCGAAAGACAGGUUGCAUUUCUUCAGAAUUUAGUGAGAAGCAGAAUAGCAAAGAACAAACAGCUUCUACAUUUGAUACUGGACCAUGAAAGUGCCCUACAUAGUGUGGUAUUGCCCGAGGUACGCAGAAGCCUACUGACUAAUUUAAAAAAAGAUAUAACUGCUGAGUUGGUGGAAAAAAAGCUUCGGCAUGAGUCAAAAGUGUUUGAGGCGUAUACUAAAAGGUGUUCGCAAAACUUGCAACUGGAAACAUAA